CUCGAGCGGGUUGUCAGCCGAGCACUCUCCGAGCUCGGCCUCAGCUUUCGGUCUCCUCAGGUCCCGGAGGCGGCUCCCGGGGCCUUGUGCGCAUCCCACACCGCGGACACUCAGGUCCCAGGUGCCCCCGCCCAGGGCUUGCCUGAGGAGUCGGCUGAGCCCGCUGGACAGGCUUUUGUCGCCGCCUCUCGUCGUCCCGCUCUGCCCAGUGGGCCCCAUGGCGGCGCCGGAGCUGGCAUUGGUAUCAUUUGAAGAUGUGGCCGUAACCUUCACUGGGGAGGAAUGGAGACAUCUGGACCUGGCCCAGAGGACCUUAUACCAGGAGGUGAUGCUGGAGACUUGUGGCCUCCUGGUCUCACUGGGGCAUCCUGUUCCCAAACCAGAGCUGAUUCACCUACUGGAGCAUGGGCAAGAACUAAGGACAGUGAAGAGAGGCCUCUCCAGAAGCACCUGUACAGGUGAAAAAGCAAAACCUGAGAUCACAGAGCUUACUGCUUCUCACCUGGUCCUCACUGAGGGAGCCCCUUUUGAGGAACGAAUGACACAUGGAGCCUCAAGGCAUUCCAGGCUGGAGCAAGCAAGGGAUCAGGAAAAACUGUCAGAAAUGCAGGAAGGGAACUUGAGGCCAGGAACAGACAUCCACAAGGAGACAUGCCCUAGGAAGUUGAGCCAUAAACAUGAUGACUUUGAGACAGAUGAUAGUCUUUAUUUAAGGGUUUUACAGGAGCGAGUCACUACACGAGAUGCUCUGCAUGAAUGUGAUUCCCAAGAACCGGGAGGAGACCCUGUUAUUGAUGCAAGGAAUAAUCUCUACAGAUGCAAGGAAUGUGGAAAAGGUUUUAGCAAGAAUUGGGCCCUUGUUCGGCAUCAACAGAUUCACGCUGGAGUGAAGCGUUAUGAAUGCAGUGAAUGUGGGAAAGCUUGUCGUUAUAUGGCAGACUUCAUUCGACAUAUGAGGUUUCAUACUGGGGAAAAGCCAUACAAGUGUAUUGAAUGUGGGAAGGCCUUCAAACGUAGGUCUCACCUCACAGAGCACCAGCGUAUUCACACUGGAGACAAGCCCUAUGAGUGCAAAGAAUGUGGUAAAGCUUUCACCCACCGCUCCUCUUUCAUCCAGCAUAAUAUGACUCACACUAGAGAAAAGCCCUUUUUGUGCAAAGAAUGUGGGAAAGCUUUUUACUACAGCUCUUCCUUUGCUCAACACAUGAGGAUUCACACUGGAAAGAAACUUUACAAGUGCAGUGAAUGUGGAAAGGCCUUUACUCACCGCUCCACUUUUAUCCAGCAUAAUAUGACCCACACAGGUGAAAAACCCUUUUUGUGCAAAGAAUGUGGAAAAGCUUUCUGCCUGAACUCAUCCUUCACUCAACACAUGAGGAUUCACACUGGAGAGAAACCCUAUGAGUGCAGCGAAUGUGGAAGGGCCUUUACUCACCGCUCCACUUUCAUUCGGCAUAAGAGGACCCAUACUGGAGAGAAGCCCUUUGAGUGCAAAGAAUGUGGGAAAGCCUUUUGUGACAGCUCUUCCUUAAUUCAACACAUGAGGAUUCACACUGGUGAGAGGCCCUACGAGUGCAGUGAAUGUGGAAAGGCCUUUACACACCAUUCUGUUUUUAUCCGACAUAAUAGGACCCAUAGUGGAGAAAAACCCUUGGAAUGUAAAGAGUGUGCAAAAGCAUUUUACUAUAGCUCUUCCUUUACUCGUCACAUGAGGAUUCACACUGGAGAAAAGCCUUAUGUAUGCAGAGAAUGUGGAAAGGCCUUUACCCAACCUGCAAAUUUUGUUCGGCAUAAUAGGAUCCACACUGGAGAAAAACCCUAUGAGUGCAAAGAAUGUGAAAAGGCCUUUUGUGAUAACUUUGCCUUAACUCAACACAUGAGAACUCACACUGGAGAGAAACCCUUUGAAUGUGGUGAAUGUGGGAAGGCCUUCAGCCAUAGUUCAUCCUUCAUUCACCAUCGAAAGAUUCACACCAGAGUUUAA